UCUCACAGCUGGUAAACUGAUAGUACAAGCACAUUAUCGCAAUGACCUUUGGAAGAUUUGAGUUUAUUUCAGUUAAACAUAUUAAUUAACCCAGGUCUCUUAUUGUGAAAGUUUAUUAAAGAAAUGAGUCUGUUUGGUUAAAAGUGAUGAAUGAUAAAGAUGAUUCUUAUCACUAAACUAGAUAGCUUCAUAUGUUUGCGGUUUUACCAAAUAAAUGCUCAUAAUGUCCAGUCCAAACAACCCUCAACAUAAAACAUUAAGUUGAUCAGAAUGAACAAAUUCUUACCAAAAUGAUUAGAAAUCAACAUGCUUGAAUAUAAAACAACACUUCUUCCAACAGGGUUUUCUUAUUCAGUUUGAUUGCCACACAAGUUGGGUGACGACCUCAAGAUAAAUGAAAAUAGUUUUAAUGGUCACUUUUCAGCCAGUUUGCUGUGAAUCAUAAAGAAAAACACAACUGUGUUAUUGUUGUACUUCUCUUUUCAACCAACAACGUAGUUAUGCGUUUUUUUGGGGCGGUGACACUUAGCGUUUCUGACAACGAAGCAGGAAGUAGAGUAAAGCUCAAGGUUCUGAUGUCAGUGUCUCAAGCAUCAAAUGUUACAGUAUGCAGCUCAGCUUCCUCUAGUGUGGACAGGAAAUGGAAAUUGUCCUUUUUAAAUAAGACUAGUUUCAUAAAUUGUUACCUUCAGAGUUUCAGUGAUCUUUCAGCUGCUGUUCUGUUCUGAUGAAAGGUGUUUUCCAGCUCCCUGUAAUGAUGCUGAAUGAGGUCAGAAACAUUUAUUUAGAACAACUUUCACCAGAUUUGAGUACUAAAUUCAAUUCAAUUUCCCCCUUGGGGAUUAAUAAAGACAACCUUGAACCUUGAACCUUAAAUACGACUAAUAAAAUCUCCUGUUUACAUUAUUUAGCUUUCAGUGAAUUAAAACUGAAGCUCUUCCUGUAUUUUUCAAACACACCAAACAUCUCCAUUUGUGCAAGUGCUGUCUUUGGCCUUUGAAAUGAUUGGAAGUGGCCUGAUGUACCAGACUGUGCAUUAGAACAGGAGCUGCUGCAGACAGCUCAGGUCACCUAAUGCCUGACAUGAGGACUCUCUAAUGCACUUACGUAAGCACAAACGCUGCAUUGUUGCAGGAAUAUCAGGGUGAUGUAAAGGAAUACAAAAGGCUCAAAGGUAAAACGUGUUUAUAGUGUGACUGCACUGCGCUUUGGAGCUGUCAGGGUUUUCCUUUAUCGUUUACAGCCUGAGGCAGUAAACUUAGCAUCUUUUUACUGUAUCUGUAAUUUAUUCACUUUUCGAGUCGACCCGAUUAAAGCUGGACUCUACAGCCAACCAACCUAAAAAACAAAAAGUCUUAAUUCCAUCAAUUUUACAGAUAAUGAACUCAAAUAAAACAAAGACUGACGCAGUUUUACUGUAAGACACAUUAGAAAAAUCUGUUAAUUCCUGUUUAUCAAAAACAUUCCCAGAUUCUCUCCCUGUCUGAAGUUUUCCAAUAAAUCCAGUUAAUGUUGAAACACAUUUAAAAUGAUCCAGUUUUAGAAAGCGGGUUUAAUCCCUUCAGACUUCCAGUGUCCAUCCAUUAAGAUCAUAAGUACAUGCAAAAUAUUUUUUUAAUAGAACAAAGACUAAAGCAGUUUUUAUGGGAAAAAAUUGAAAGAUAAUGUGUUUUAAACCAAAUAUUUCAAUAAAAAAAUGGUUAAACAGUUUUCUUUUCAACCAGCUCCUCCUCCACACUCUUCUUCCUGUUUUUCAAAUAAAUUCCCAGUUUCUCUCCCUGUCUGACUGGUUUGAAGUUGGGUGGAACCAACAUGUGUGAGCUGAUUGGUUCUUUGCACCGACACGCGAUUUAUUUAUAAAACUUGUUUCUAUUCUCAAGUGAAACUGGCAAAGUCACUGUUGCUGAAAGUCAAAAUGGAGCAGAAAGGAGAUCAGCUGAACCAAGAAACCUUCUCAUGUUCGAUCUGUCUGGAUCUCCUGAAGGAUCCUGUGACUAUUUCCUGCAGACACAGCUACUGCAUGAUCUGCAUUAAAAGUUACUGGGAUGCAGAUAAGAAGAAAAGCUGCCACUGUCCUCAGUGCAGGCAGACGUUCAUGCCGAGGCCCAUGCUAGCUGCUAUUGUGGAGCAGCUGAAUAAGACUGGACUCCAAGCUGCUCCUGCUGAUCUCUGCUAUGCUGGACCUGAAGAUGUGGCCUGUGAUGUCUGCACUGGAAUAAAACUAAAAGCCAUCAAGUCCUGUUUAGUCUGUUUGGCCUCUUUUUGUGAGAAACACCUGCAACCUCACUAUGGUUCAGCUCCAUUUAAGAAGCAUAAACUAGUGGAGCCUUCCAAGAACCUCCAGGAGAACAUCUGCUCCUGCCACGAUGAGGUGAUGAAGAUGUUUUGCCGUACCGAUCAGCAGUGUGUCUGUAUUCUUUGCUUAAUGGAGGACCACAAAGGCCAUGACAUAGUCUCAGCUGUAACAGAAAGAGCUGAGAAGCAGAAGGAGCUGGAGGUGAGAAGAAAAGAAACCCAGCAGGGGAUCCAGGACUAAGAGAAAGAUGUGAAGCUGCUUCAACAGGAGAAGAAGUGCAUCAGUCGCUCUGCUGAUAAAGCGGUGGAGGACAGUGAGAAGAUCUUCUCUGAGAUGAUUUGUCUCAUCCAGAAAAAGCAACAGAUCAGAUCUCAGCAGGAAGCUGAGCUGAGUCGUGUCAACAAGCUUCAGGAGAAACCGGAGCAGGAGAUCAUUGAUAUGAGGAGGAAGGUGCCAUGGUCUGUGUCUGCGGCUUUCCCCAAGUGUCUCCUGAUGUCCCCCAUCCCUCUUUAG